AUGGGUCGCGCAGCUCAGACUAUUUCCUUCGCUUUGUUGGUCUCGUCGGCAUACCUUCUCCUAGCACUGCCGCUGUUGACCCCAGAUUCGCCUGUGCCGUCCAUUCUCCCGACCAAAAUCCAGGUUGAAAUUAUUCCAGUUCUACCGUUCUGGGCCGUCAUCUCACUGGGCGCAUACUUGAUGGGACGGCUCGGACUGGGAGUCUUGCGUUUCAACGACACCAAGGCAGCCUACACGGAACUCAUGGGACAAAUCGACGCAGCAAAGAAAAGCCUCGAUCAGAGAAAAGUGAGCUGGGACUAA